GGUGAUGCCAGACGCUGCCCGACUUGCGGCAUACUGUAGCGGAGCACUUUCUGCAUUUGUCGUUGUUUCCUGUGCACUUGGAUUCAUACUAAUCACCAAUGAUAUCCUGCUAAUGUAUGAUGAUGUUAUGGAGAAUAUGAGAGAGUUUAAGGAAAUCUCCGAAGGGACAUGGCAUGAUAUCGCCAGUUUUAACAGUGUUCCUGGCCAGAAAUCAAUGUUUUUCAUGUUUUCCAGGCGUAAGAAAAGGGAAUCGGCAACUUGCAACUGUGGCUUACCUCGUAGCGAUUGCCCACCAGGCCCUCCCGGCCCUCCAGGACCUCCAGGAAAACCAGGUGAAAUCGGUCCAGACGGCAAACCUGGCGCGAUGGGUCUCAGCGGUGCUAGACCGCCUGGACCACCAGCUGCCCGUCCUCCACUCCUUAUCGUCUGCCCUCCGGGUGAAAAAGGAGAACCGGGACCAGAUGGACCGCCUGGGUUGCCAGGACGUCCUGGACAACAAGGCAAGCGUGGCCCGCCUGGUUCCGAUGGUGAUCCAGGUGAGCGCGGUCCAGAAGGCGAUCAAGGCGAACAAGGAAUGGAAGGACAGAGGGGUAUGGAUGGUCCUCCUGGAAAGGACUGCUUUACUGGUAGAGGACCUCCCGGUCCUAGGGGUAGACCUGGCCUUCGUGGAAAGCCUGGUCCAGCGGGAACACCUGGUAUGAACGGAGAACCUGGUGAAAUGGGACCAGAAGGACCACCUGGACGGGAAGGAUUGGAUGGAGCAGCAGGGUUUCCGGGUGAAAAUGGGAUGCCUGGACUCGCUGGAAAAGCUGGUGAUGAUGGUGGCUAUUGUGAAUGUCCCCCGAGAGGUAAUGUGCAGUUUGCCUCGCGAGAAGAAGAAGAAAGGAAAAAGUAA